AUGCUUUGUGUAUCACAUGAUGGUGCAACUCCUAGUCAUUAUGACUUACAUAAACCCUGGCCUAUAAUAUUUUUUGAGCCCUAUUUGUAG